UGAAAUGAACUGUACAAAAUAACUAAAAUGUAAUUUAUUUUAGUUUUGCACAAGCUUUAAGGCUAACAAGUAAGGGAAACUUCUAACCAUCAGUUUAGCAUCAAGCAUGUCAUGUGUCUAAAUCAUCACACAAAAGCUGCCUCAGGAACACCGUUACUACGAAACUUAAAAGAAGCACAAGUGCUGCACAAGUGCUGCAGUGUGAUGAAUCCUGAUGUGAAGCUGUUGUUUUUCAAUAACAGCACAUCCUAAAGAGUGUUAUUCCUCCUGUACAACAGCAACAUUUAGCGUUCAUUCCUGUUAUCACCUACUUGGUGAUAACAGAGGAAAAUAAUCAACAAUGCAAUCAUGUGAUGCAUCCCAACAAGAAACAGAGAGCCGUCACCCUGAGGCUGAUUACUUUCCAAUAACAGUAUGUUGGGGUUUUUUUUACUGUUCUUAUUUCUUAGCUAUUUGUUUAUCAAUUUUUAUUAAUUAAAUAAUGAGAUGUACCACUUUUUUUAUAGCUAAUAGUUUCUAAUUUUAUUUAAUAAGCUUUAUCCAAAAAGAAGUUUAUUUAAAAUUUAUGUAAAGUGUCUCCAGAGUCACCACUCUGUAAGAGUUGGAGCUAAAAUAGUAACUCCAAGUUUUCCACCACAAGAAAUUCUUCAGGAUGAUGGCUGUUGCGCUUUAUGUUUUCUCAAUAACAAGCUGCAUUUUUUUGUCUCUUUAACUUCAAGAGAAACUGGGGGAACGACUGUUUGUAGCUGUUAUAAGUCGUAAAUACACUUUGGGACGUGCUGUAAUUGGAAAAUAAUAAACUUUGGGGUGAUAACAGUAGUUGGGCUGUGUAACACUACAUUUCAUCAGUUAAUUUCCUACAACAGUAUGCACUGAUGUAUUUUAUUCCUUAAAGCCCGUUCACACCAAGAAUGAUAACUAUAACUAUAUAGCAGAAUGAUAUCGUUGGGAUCACUUUCAGAAUGAUAUUUUCCAGCUGAUAAACAAUAAAACACUGACAGCCAAUCAGAAACCAUUUUGAAUUUAAAGCGUUCGUGCAUUUACAAUGGCAGACAACAUUGCGGAGAAGCUAAUUGCUGAGGUCGAAAAAAACCCUCCACUGUUUGACAAGUCAAACCCCCUUUACAAUGAUACUUUAAAGAAAACUGAUAUAUGGAAAACAAUUGGUUACACCCUUGGAAUGAAUGGUGAGAAAUAUUAACAGAGAUGAGAUCAUAAUGCCAGGCUAGCAAACAAAAUUACCUCAAGUAUCCAGCGCUAGUUUCGACAACAUUGUCCUGCUCACUUUGAAAUUACAGUGAAAAAGACUAGGUGUUGUUUUUAUUCCACUACAUUGACUACGUUAGCUAAAUUCACUGUCUAGGUAGACUGUCUUCUUUCACGAUGUCCAGGACGCCUUGAAACUGAGAUUGACUCAUACGGAAGUAUGAAUAAAAAUUGUCUUCAAAGACAACAACUCUCUAAUCAGAGUGACAGAUUCUCCCAACUCCUCUCGUGUUCGAAGGAUAUCACGUACCAAAAAGUGUCUGGUUUUCCUUUGAUGUUUUUGUGUAACAUAAAUCAUCAGCAGGUCAUCUACAUCCAUUUUCACUUUAAAACCACAGCUCUAGAGCUAAACAGACCGUUUUAUCGUUCGUUAGUGAGGACGCAAAUAUAGUUAUCGUUAUUGUCCUUGGUGUGAACGUGCCUUUACACUAUCAGCUACAGAUUUUAUAUUUAUUUUGGAUGAAAUUUUCUGAUUUCACUGCAACCCUACCUGAUUGAAAAUCAAGCUCAGCUUUCCCCUGCAUCACAGACACACAAAUGAGAGCACGGCCUUCUAUUGUAACUCCAUGCUACUGGAUCUGUGCUACUCAGAGCCAUGUGACACCAGUAGCUCAGGUAACAGGCACCGUGGAAACGCUUGAGAGUUCCACUCGCUGAUUCUGCCACCUGAGGAGCAUGGCGUCUCCGAAUACGAGUAAUGUCUCUGGGUGAUAGCUAACAUAUUCUUACUGUGCAGAAAUAUUUAACAACAUUAUGUUUGACAUGUUGUAGCUUUGCUUUUUUUUCCCCCACAGGGCAUUUCAGCUCAACUCCCUCACCCAGGUAAAGAAGGCGCCAUGUUCGUAAUUCCUAAGUAUGUUACAUUGUUGUCUAUUGUCGGGCACUGAUUUUAUUUUUCAGAAUCCUGCAGCUCGCUCGGCCCCGAGAAUCUAAAACAGUUUGGCUCACAACUCCACAGUAAGUCCUCUAGAGCUUUAUAGAUAUUGAGACCUUGAUAUUAUGUGGGUAAGUCAAAUUAAAAUCUUUUUUAAUUGAUUAUUUUUGCAUUGUUAAUUGCCAAUAGGUGACAAAGAAGUGCAUCAUUUUUCUGCAGAAUUUCCAUGUCAUUCAAUGGAAGUGUUCCAGCGGUUAGCGAGAGUCCAGAUUCCUCUAGAAAUUUUUUUAUUUGAUUUUAAUUAAUGUGGCACUUUUAAUGUUUUCAUUUGACUCACCAUUGUAUAAAGGAUUUAGCUAAAAGUACUUGAAUUACUUAAAUUGCAAAAACGUCUGAUAACAUUUUCGCUUUGUCAUUAUGGAUUAUUGUGUGUAGAUUAAUAUCAAAUAAAAGUACAUUUAGUCCAUUUUAAAUGAAAUCUAUAAUACAGUAAAGUGUGCAAAAAGUGAAGGAAAUGCAAAAAGUCGACUCGAAUAAGUGCGCCUUGGUAAAUUCUCAGAUGCACCCGGUUUUCCUGUGUGUUUGUGUACAUCUACAUUCACACUGUAGGAAGGUGACUUGGGGCAACCAGGAGACAAUAUGGUCGCCAUCCAGGACAGCAUUAAUAGCCGUACCAACAACAAGGAUUCUGGCUCUGUCACAACCCAAAAAAGAUUUGUCUGCCCUCAGUCAAGACCUGCUUAGGAAAAAGCACGAGGGGAUUGAAGAAGCAAAGAAGAGGAGCGCGUGUGUUCCUUCCAGUACAGCACAGUACGAACAUGUCGCGCGCCUGGCAACCCCAAAUGUUCGUCACAGGAGCUCCCAGGCAGUGAGCCCCCCUCAUACAAAGCAAUGUGAGCACAAUUGUCCUGUGUGGCACAUCAGCCCUGUGGUGCAGAAUGCUGUGGCCUCUCCACGCAUUCUCCAGCUUGCUCAGCCCAGAAACACACACCCUGAGUACAAGAGCAACCGCCAGGUAGAAACAUGCAUCUCGUGUGCAGCUAAAUCAGCUCAGGCGAGUCCAAGGCUUGAGCAGCUUUGUGUGCCCAAAGUGCGAGAGAGCAAACUUUUCUACCAGCUUGGCCAUCCUGAGAGUACCAUCAGGCCUGUGUCUAAAGGAGCAAGAAAAGCCACAGCAAGCGCUCGCGUGAGAGAGCUCUCGAUCCCAAAGAGCUAUAUCCCUCCCUGAAAAAAAGAACUAAAGAGACAGAGACCUCAUAAUCAGCAGCGUUACUGUCAUAGUUAAAGAACAGAGAGAGUGAAAACAAGAAUAACAGAUGGACUUAAUAAAUGACCACACUAAUAAGCAUAUAAAAGGGUUUCUAUAUUUUUCUUUUCUUUUCUCUUUUGUGCUUUUGCUGUCUGUAGGCCUCAGACUUUACCUUGGAACGUUUCAGUCUGAAAUGGGAAAGGUUGUGUUAUUUUAAGCAAAAUGCCAGAAUGGUAAACACUGCAAACAGGAGAACUUUUCUCAGUCGAUCAGUGUGUCUUUUGUGUGUUUUUCACAUCAGUUCACACAGCUUUAGUUUCGGUUACGCAACAAGAAUGAAGAGUCGGUGUGUGGGGGGAAAAACGUUGCAACUCAAACACAGACCUUCUUUAAUAACUUUACAGAGUAAACUGCUUCUGUAUGUGAAUGUUGAUCCCAAUGACAUUUCUGAAUGUGAUAUAAGUAAGGAAUAAAAGAGGACGGGUCAUACUGUUGUAGGAAAGUAAUCAAUGACAGGGUGGUGCGAUGCAGCCAAUGUGAAGAGUUUUAUUCCUCCCAUACCACAGCAAUUUGUCAACACUAACAAUUUCUUUGAUUCAUUAUAGAACAUGUUGUACAUGUUGUAAAAGGAGACUCCUUUUAAAACUGCUAAAUAAACAUCUCCUCACAGAGAACAUCAAAUCAGCAAUUACACAAUUUAAAAAAUAAAAUAAAAUCUGUUUACUUGGCACAUACACCAUACAAAUUCUGUCAGAGCUGCUAUUGUAGAAAAUUAAUCAACACCCUCUGACCAGUCGGAAUCAUUUUGCCUCCACCUAUUUGUUUUGGAUUAUUUCCUUAAUUCCUAAGGAAAGUUUUUUUCCCGCCAGUUAUUUUGUCUUUCACUUCAUGGUCAUAUGGUUUUGUGUAAUUGUAUAAUCUAUUUUCUUCCAUUUGUUUUUAGUGUUUAAAAUAAACA